AACCAGACAAAGCAGAUAUUUUCUCUAUCCCUAAUCUAAUCCAAGUUUUUGUCCGAUGCCUAACAAACAUUAACCCUUCGUACAAAGAGAGAUGAAGCUUGCUACCAAUGGCGUCGACGCUUUAUGUAUCUGCAAAGCCUUUUAGUCUUCCGCCGCCGGUACAAUCCUAUUUCAGAGCAAGGAGACCGGCAACAGUAAUAAGGAGCGCGGCGUCGCACAUGGCGGAGGGAUCGUCGUCGAAGCUGAAGGAGUUUCCGCAUCUAUCGAGUUCUCACAGAGCUCUGAUGGCGGAUCUAAUCGGCGCCAUUGAAGAUCGCUUGAAGGAUCGUCUUCUUCCUUGCGCGCUUCCUCCUGAUGUUGAGUAUUACCAGAAUCAGAGCGGGAUUUCGCAAGGAGCUCUUCUCGUCAGAUCUGGCUCGCCGGACUCUUCUAUUAAUUUCAUACUCGCAAGUUGGUUGCACAGUCAACUGCCAACAGGAGCAUCAUUAAACAUAGCAAGCCUUUCUGCCUACUUGAGGCCUUCAACUGAUGCUCCAAAUUUCCUCAUAGAGUUCAUCCAAAGCUCUCCAACCUCCCUCAUUCUCAUUCUUGAUCUGCCUCCUCGAAAGGAUCCGGUCCUCAACCCCGACUACCUCCAAUCGUUCUACGAAGACACGAGAUUAGACACUUAUCGCAAAACGAUCGAAGAACUUCCCGAGACUCGACCGUAUGUCAUGUCCUCGCUUUUCUUUCGCUCUUUGGUUUCUCCAACUGCCAUAAUUUCCCGUGUCGAUACAGAAUCAGGUGGACCCGAACGCUUGGAGGAGAUUAUAAAGAACCAUGUUGGUCCCAUCGCGAGAGACGUGCUUCGUGUAUGGCUAGAUGAAUGUGCUUGCAAGGAGAGAGAGGUUGGAAUGGUGGAAAGAGUUGAUCUUGAGAAAAGGGAUGAGUUGGUUAAGAAGAAAACUAUUGACAUAGACUUAGGUUCUAGUUUGCCAAGAUUAUUUGGACAGGAAAUAGCUGAUAGAGUAGUGGCAGCCAUUCAACAAGUCUUUGAAGCAUGAUAAUGUUUUGCUUUCUAAUUUGCUUGUUGGUUGUGAAUGUAUGGCGUAUUAUUCAGUUUUAAAUCUCUCACUUGCAAUGAAAGAAGUUAGAUCUUUUGGUAAUUAUUUUGAUAUGGUUGGAUUA